UGGCCCACCCUGGGGUCUGGGGGCGCAGGACUUGGAAACGGCCGAGACGCCACUCGCAAUGCUCGAGCCAGAGACUGUGAGCAUCUCGACGCAGCGAGCACGGAUCGGUCUCCAAGCGCGCCACGAUCUGCGCCGCCACUUCGUCAACGUGCCCGUGCCGUGCUUGCUUUUCUUUGCAUUUAUCGCGAUGGUGCUGACGCACACGCCGAUCCACCAAGUGUACUUGGCCGACCACGGCGUCUCGUCGGCGCUCAACCCCAAGGCCUCGGAUGUUGUGCAGUCCAAGACCAUUGUCAAUUUCAUGAAGAUUCGGACCAUGGACGACAUUCCAAAGUGGAUCAACAACUCGGUGCUGCCGUCCGUCUUUACGAAAACUGCAGUCAACGGGACGAUCUUGGCCCCCGAGCUCCAAGGACGCAUCAGCAUGUACAACCAGCUCGUCGGCGCGGUCGAGUUUUCCAUCUUCAACACACGCAUGACCAAGUGCGAGAGCGACUCGCUCCUCGCCAAGCGCUACGGGCCGUGCUUUGAUUUUCAUCUGGAAGCCGACAUCAAGGAAGGCGACCUCGCGACGCGCAACCUGCGGCGCCAGCCGUGGUACACCAUGUACAUCCCGACCGCCCACCCGGACCCGUACGCGCGCUUUAAGCGCUGGGUCGACGAAGGCAGCGCUGGCGGCUACUUUCUCUCGAUGGCAACGCGCGAGUUCCACGUCAAGAUCACCACGUACAACGGCGAGCUCGACAUGUUCUCGUACCUCCACUUUCAGAUCCACGUUGAAGAGGGCGGCGCGUACACGCCCACGUACUCGGUGCAGAGCGUCCCGACCAACCCGUACUCGACGUCGAUCAUCAACAUGAUCCUCGACAUCAUCGUCGGCAUCUUUGUCCUCGCCGUGCUCGGCCGCCGCCUCCUCACGAUCAAGCGCCAGAUUUUCCGUCAAGUCGCAUGGCACUGCGACGCGCGCACGACGUUCAUCGAGUGGUGCUCGAUCCUCUGCGUCGGCUUGUACUACGCAGCGUGGAUCCAGAUUUGCCAAAAGUUCUUUGCGUCCCAUUUUGAGGACGAGCUGGCCAAGUUGACGACGUUUUACGACGACUUGUACAAGCUGCCGCUCGCCGAGCAGCGCAUUCAGAUGGGCAAGAGCAACCAGCCGGACGUCUCGGACUUUAUCGACACGUUUGGUCCGUCGAUCCAGUUUUUGUACGUCAUUUCGAUCGUCACGUGCCUCCAGCUCGUGGUCCAUGUGCUCGCAGCCUUCCAGUUUCACCCGACCAUGAACAUUUUGACCAACACGAUCGUGGCCAGUCUCAAGCGCCUCGGCGCGUUCCUCUUCAUCUUCCUCUUGGUUGUCAUGGCGCUCGCAACGUCCGGGUGCCUCCUCUUUGGCCCGCAGCUCGAUGAGUUCUCGAGCUUGCACAAGUCGAUGGUGACGUGCAUCAACAUGCUUUUCGGUGGCUACAGCUACGACAUGAUCAAGGACUACAACGACCUCGCGAUUCUAUGGUACUGGGCAUCGCAGUCGAUCAUUACGCUCGUCUUGAUCAACAUCAUGCUCGCGGUCAUCAUUGCAGCGCACGAAGAUGUCGUCACGACCAACGAAGGGAAGCGGUCGUUCAUCACCGAGUUUAUUGUCGUGCUCCACGAUGUGCUUUCGAUUUACAUUCUGCAGCGCCCCGACCUCCUCGGUCGCCUCGAGACCAUUUUGAACCAAGACGUCAACGGCACGACGGUCUGGACGGCCAAGCAGAUCGCCCAAGCCAUCAGCGUCACGGACCUCCAAGGCGAAAAGGCGAUCAAGAAGCUUCAAGCAUUUGCCGCCACGGCACCGUCGACCGAGCGCACGGUGUUGCCGUCCAAGGCCACGCUCGAAGCCGCGACGCUACUCGCUCAGGUGGCCAGCAUGGACGCCAAGGUCCAGGAUGUCGACGCCAAGCUGGCCUUUAUCGUCGAGCUCCUCCGUCAGCAGCAGCAGACCGCUCUGUAGGCGUCUUAACAAAUAAUUAUACAAAGGGUGAUGUAUGCU